UAUGACAUUGACGUUUGAUAGAUGGAAGACACAAGUACAAAACAAAAGUUGAAGACGUUCUAGGUUUUUAUUUUCAUUCCAUUUUCUUCAUCUUCAUUUGAAAGUAAAAAAAUUAUGAGGUCAUUUAAAAAGUUUUUGAGGUGACACUUAUUAUGACUUCGAUUUCUGUUGAUCUUCCCAUAAAAAGGGAACCUCAAGAUUCAGAUGCAUUGGACCAAAAUGUGAUACCAGAUGUUAAUGUUAAAGAAGAAAAUGACACAGAUUUUACACUGGAUAAACCUGAUUUGGUGAAUUUGGCGAGUACCUCGAUAAACGAUGAUCCGGAUACGUGGAUGGAGGAAAACAAUGUACCAUCUGAUGAGACCAUCGAUAAAGAAUCAAGUUCUCCAGUACUUGAAGAGCCAUCUCACAAAAUCACUCUGGAGACGCUUAGGUACGAGUCGGAACCUGCUGACGAGUCCGAUACUAGUUCCAGUGAAGACAGUGAAUCGGAUUUUAAGUGUAAAAUUUGUAAAGAAGAAUUCAAUAGUGAACAUUACCUUCAACAACACUACAAGCGCAGAAGGCUGGCUGAAAAGAGGUAUAAAUGUUGUGGUUGUGAAAAAGUAUUUAGAGAUAAUACUCAGCUGAAUGUUCACUCGAGGAAGCAUACUGGAGAGCAACCUUAUUCUUGCCAGACUUGUGGUAAGAAGUUUUCUGUCAACGGAAACUUGAGUAAGCAUAUGAGGAUACAUACCGGGGAGAGACGAUUUGCUUGUGAUACCUGUGAUCGAAAAUUUACUCAAUAUGCCCAUUUGGAAGACCACAUCAAGACUCACUCAGGAGAACGACCUUAUGUUUGUGACUUCUGCAACAGUUCCUUCAAGACCAAAGCUAGGCUGAGAAAACACAAGAAGUCUCAUGAUGAUCCAAAAGAUGGCAAAAGAUCAGUCCCUUGUCCCAUUUGCAUGCGGGUUAUGAAGAGUACCAAACAGUUAUUGACCCACUUAGAAACUCACGAUGAGGGACCUCACAAUCCGUUUGCUUGUGAAGAUUGUGGAAAAAGCUACAAAAAUCUGUUUUCGUUGAACAUUCACUUGAAAUCUCAUGGCAACAUUAGGGAUUUCAAAUGCAGUUUGUGCGAUAAGGCUUUUGCUAACGCAAGUCAUCUGAGGAGGCAUUCAAAUUCUCACACAGGAGUGCGACCAUUUGCUUGCAACAUUUGUCUCAGGGGAUUCCCGUCCCAACAAAAUCUCAAACGCCACAUGAUGACCCAUACAGGAGAAAAACCGUUCGCAUGCACAGAUUGUGACAAGAGUUUCCUGACCUUGGAAAAUCUCAAUCGUCACAAGAGGACACAUACGGGAGAGAAACCUUUUCCUUGUGACAUUUGCGGAAGAUUUUUUGCUCACAGCACCACCGCCAAAGAACACAUGAGAGUACAUACGGGGGACAAACCAUUCCAGUGCGAGUUUUGCGACAAGAAAUUCUCGCUGAAUAAGGCCCGGUACAAGCACAUUCGGGAAAAGCACCCGGCGUACUUCCCCGAAUUCAAGAGAUUGAACGAUCUGCCGCCGAACAUGAAGAGGGCGCGCGAAAAAAUGAAAAAAGAAUUCAUCUUUCCAGACGAUCCGGGACUCGGGCAGACGAUCAUGAAUUAUCCUGUCAAUGGAAACGGAAACGUUGAGGGAUAUUCCAAUAACAUGGAAGCCGAUGAUGUUAAGGAUGUCAAACCUUUUCUGGGCUCAUCGAUGAAAUGUGAUGAUGUGAAAGACGUCAAAGUGGAUGGUGUUUGUGAUCGGGAUGUUUUCAGUAGCAAAGUUGUGGGCCAGGUUGAGGUGAAAGAAGAACCUGAGGCGGUUGCUAUCAAAAAGGAAAUUGAGGACUUCGACUGUAGCUAAUGAUAGUGUUCUACUGGAAGGAGAGCUGGGACAAUUUUUUUGUAAAUUUUGUUUGUUGGGACUAGAUGUUAUUGUAUUUAGAAUUGGUAUUGAUGGUGAUAAAAAAGAGUAAUUAUGUACUCGAAAGUAAUUAUUUUAUGAAAGGUGAUUUUUGUUCCAAUAAACUCUACUUGUA